ACAUGAUGUAGGGCCGCAGCUCGCAAUGUUUCCUACGUUUUGGGACAUAUGGCAGUUCUAGAUGGCACGUCUAGGGGUGGGGAAGUCGGGCGGUUGCCGGAACUGCAGACGACGGAAGGUCAAAUGUGAUGAACAUCGGCCUGGCUGCAAGAGAUGUGAAAAGUCGAAUCAAGAAUGUGAAGGUUAUACCCGGGAACAUCGAUUCGUAGAUGAGAACUUUCGUACAGAGAAACAUGUCAAAAAGAAGGCUUCGACUGAAACACCCCAACCAGAUCCCAGAUCUUCUCAGGAUAUUAUUCUUCACUCUAACAGCAGCUCAGGACUCACCGCAAUGAAUUUGGAGAUUCAUGCUUUCCAGGACAACAUAUUUAUGUCAUUUCUGCUAUCCAAUCUCUUUUCCGGCAUACCCGUUGUAACUCCUUGGCUACGUCUCCAUGCAGAGGAUACAUCUUCCGCUUCUGCACAGCUAAGUACUCGUGCGCUCAGCACCGUCUUCUUUGGACGAACGCAUUAUCAACACAAUAUCACUGCUCGUGGAUAUAAUCUUUAUGGUCAAGCAUUGAUUAGCUUGAACCAAGAUCUCCAAGAUUCCAAGAAGGGACAAUCAUUGUCUGUAGUGAAAACUGCUAUGGCGUUGGAGUUAUACGAAUUCAUUGCCUCCAACACGUCAGGUUGGAUCAAGCAUGCAGGGGGUGUAGGUCGAUUACUCGAACUUCGAGGCCCACAGCUACAUCAAUCACCACAAGGAAGAGAAAUUUUCGAAGCCAGCAGAGCCAUAAUAGCUUUGGGAUAUCUUGUCAAACGCAAAAGAUGUUUUCUUGAAAGUACAGAAUGGAAGACCAUACCGUGGGCUCUGGAACCAGAAGCGAAGACGAGCGUAAUGUUCUUGCAUGAUAUCGCAUGCGAUUUGCCAGGUGUAAUGGAAGAUGUCGACCAACUACAGUCUCCACAGAUGAGUCCAGAAGAGUUCAUAAAACAUCAUGCUUUUGUCUCUGGGCGAAUCACGUCUUGUUUGAAAGAGUUGUACGGAUGGAGGGCGUCUUGGCAGCGGCAAAAUCCCCACGCAUGCUGGGAAGUUCUUUCCACCGAUAGCACAACAGGUUCGAUCCUGUUCCCACUCGUGUUCAACUACAAAUCUCUGAUCGAAGCAAACGCUCUUACAUUUUACAACGCCCUUCUCCUCCUUCUUCUGAAGGUCGCAUCUCAAGUCAUUGGUCCGCAGUUCGACCCCUCAACCUGCGCUGCCCACUUGCCUCGCGGCCUUCGAUAUGAACCACUCAUCCCUCCAGGGUUGGCACCGAAUGCUCAAGCAAUAGCGUAUGAGAUUUGCAAGAGUGUUGAAUACCUCCUUGGAGCAGAACGGAGGCGUGCUGGAGCUUUCUUUCUGUUGUUUCCGUUAAGAGUUGCGUGGCAGGCUUUCAAUCCUGUGGACAUGGAGGCUGUUUGGUUGCAAGGGAUUAUGAGGAUUAUUGCUGAUAGUACGGGGUUUGAAGUCAGUAGAGGGUUGAUGGGCGAGGUUGUUCAGUCGGAAGAUUGAGAUUACCUAGCAAUGUUUGUCAAGAAUGAUAUCAAGGUAGUCAUAAUUGUGCUAACUUCAAAUGCGUGGUGGAAUAGGCGCAAAGGGUGGUUAUAUAUGGCCGUGAAUGACAUAGUGCACAUAGCCUCCGCAACAGAACUGGUUAGCAC